CACACAAAAAUGGAGGAAGCAUCUAAAACCAUUGCACACCAAAUCGGAGGUAUCCAAAACGACGAAGAAGAGAGAAUUAACAUAUCAUUUUUCAUUUUUUUUGUUAAAAUAAAAUCAAAUUGGUUCCAUCUUCGUUUUCGUUCCCAAAUUUUCAUCGAUCUGGGAAAUUCUAUUCGAAUUUUUAGGUUUGAGGUUGUUCGAUUGAAAUUCAUUGCAACUUGGAUGUUGUUGAUUCGUGAGAUUUUGAAUUUUGGAGAUUUUGAAAUUCUGUUCUAGAUCGUUUGCUGUUGUUCAAUGGCGUCGGCUCAGGUGCUACCGAACAACUCUGCUUCGUCUCGGAAGCAAGAGCAUCUGGAAGCUGGCAAGCGUCGGAUGGGGCAUUCUGCAGUAGUAUGGGACUUUAGAGCAGCAACUGAAAUUACAAAGGACCAGAAUGGAAUCGGUCAAGUUGUACUUCGGACUCCACAAGGUGCUUCAGCACGGGUGAGCUUACUUGGUGCACAGGUCACUUCAUCGCGUAACGAGCAGGGGGGAGAACUUCUAUUCACAAGCAGCAAGACAGUUUCGAAGGCGCUAAAAGCAACACGGGGAGGAAUUCCUAUAUGUUUUCCACAGUUUGGAAACUGUGGAUCUCUGGAGCUUCAUGGAUUUGCAAGAAAUAGAAUGUGGGCAGUCGACGAGAAUCCUCCUCCUCUGCCUACAAAUGAUUCUAGUGGAAAAUCCUUUGUCGACCUGCUACUCAAAUCAUCUGAAGAAGACAUGAAAUGCUGGCCACAUAGUUUCGAGUUCCGCCUUCGAGUGUCUGUUACGAAAGACGGAGACCUAUCCCUGAUAUCCCGAAUCAGGAAUAUCAACGGAAAGCCAUUUAGUUUCUCGUUCGCAUAUUACACAUACCUAUUGGUUUCUGACAUUAGUGAGAUAAGGAUUGAAGGUCUCGAGACACUUGAUUACCUGGACAAUCUUUUCCAGAAAGAACGUAUUACAGAACAAGGAGAUGCGAUAACAUUUGAAUCUGAGGUCACAGGAGAAGCUUUAUAUGCUGAUGACAUACCAAUGCCUCCAAAUGGCUUGCAUGCUGUCUUAUUUUUGAGUAGAAAACUGAUGAUUCAGGGGCCAGGACUUCACCUGGAUUUGUGGGCUUGUUUCUAGCAACUUCAGCAACAACAACAGCAGAAUGGUAAUGCCAACUCAAAAAACGACUUAAAGCAAUAGGUUGGGUUUUUGAGGUCCUACAAAUGGUUCUUUAUAUAUCUGUUGCCGUUUCAUUGCACUCAGUUUCACAUAUUUAAAGAAGUUUUCCUUAGUAGUUAUGGUCCUUAGUAGUUAUGGUCGUAAGUUCGAUUCGCAAUGCCUAUCUAGCUCGGUCACAAAGUUUAUAUACAAGUUCUCCUGUCUUAUAUUUAAAUUAUAGCUCAUAUUUAAUUUCAGUAUAUAUCUGAAACUGUAAGCAUUAUUUGGACAUGAUUUGUUUUAUCAUAACAUUUAGAUGGAAUUUUACAAA